CUGAUAGAACAGGAACUGGACAUUUUUUGAUCCCUCUCCAGUGUGAAAGUCUCAAUGAACACAUAAACAUUACACAUUGUAAGAAAAACCCUGUUCACACUGGAGAAAAGCGUUACAUGUGCCAUCAGUGUGGAAAAAGAUUCAACCAAAAAGGAGACCUUAACCGGCACAUGAGAGUCCACACUGGAGAGAAGCCUUACACCUGCCAACAGUGUGGAAAGAGUUUCAAACAACACGGAGACCUUAAAGUGCACAUGAGAGGUCACACUGGAGAGAAGCCUUACACCUGCCCAGAGUGUGGAAAGAGUGUCAAAGAAUAUGGAUACCUUAAAGUGCACAUGAGAAUUCACACUGGAGAGAAGCCUUGCACUUGCCAACAGUGUGGAAAAGGUUUUACUCAUGAAGGAAACCUCAACAGGCACAUGAGGAUUCACACUGGAGACAAACCUUUUGCCUGCCAACAGUGUGGAAAAAGUUUUAGUCAAAAAGUAGACCUUACCAGGCACAUGAGAAUUCACACUGGAGAGAAGCCUUUCACCUGCCAACAGUGUGGAAAGUGUUUCGAUCUACAUGGAAACCUUAAAGUGCACAUGAGAAUUCACACUGGAGAGAAGCCUUGCACUUGUCAACAGUGUGGAAAAAGUUUCACUCAUGAAGGAAACCUUUACAGGCACAUGAGAACUCACACUGGAGAAAAAACUUUUAUUUGCCAACAGUGUGGAAAAAGUUUUACUCAAAAAGAAAGCCUUAAAGUGCACAUGAGAGUUCACACUGGAGAGAAGCCUUACGCCUGCUCUGAGUGUGGAAAGAGUUUCAAUAGACAAAGAAACCUUAAUGACCACAUGAUGAUUCAUACAGGAGAGAGUCCUUUUAUCUGCCAACAGUGUGGAAAACGUUUCACUAGAAAAGAAAGCCUUGACAGACACAUGAGAAUUCACUCUGGAGAGAAGCAUUAUGUGUGCCUUCAGUGUGGAAAAAGUUUCAACGAAAAAGGAAGUCUUAACAAACACUUGAGAAUUCACACUCAGAGAGUUUCUUCCCCUGCCAACAGUGUGGAAAAAGUCUUACUCAAAAAUCAAACCGAAACAGGCACAUGAGAAAAUUACACUGUAUAUUUUAAAAUCAGUAUUGGUUCAGUAGCAGUUUUUAAUUCAGUGGUUCAGCAUGAUGUGACACUGCGCAGAACGAUCUUUGUAUGACAUCAAAGUACGGUGAAAGUGUUUCAAAAGCAUAAGGAUCUGUUGAUCAGUGAUCGCUUCAAAUUGAACACACCUAGUAGUUGCCUUGUUCUGUUGGGUUUAAUAAGGAUUGGAGCUAAACUCUGAAGGACAGUGGCGCUCCAGGGCUGUGUUUCAGUCCAUUUUUUUUUGUGCUUCAUUCUCAAAUGUCCCUCCGACUUGUUUACUCAGAUAUACGUCACUGAUUAUGUAGCAUAAUUGCCCACUACUGGCAGAACCCUUGCUAUGGGAUGAAUGUCCUAAGCCUUUGAUCACUUACUAUUCACUAUAGAGUUGGUUUACUGUUUACAUUACAAAUGUUAAAAAAUAUUUAUUAUAGAGUUGCAUGGGUUAUGAAUAAAUUAAACGCGAUAUACAUCCAAAUGAACCCCCAGGCAAAUUGCCCCACCUGAUAUAAGGUGUAGUGGUAUUUCACUGUUGCAUGACACUGCAGAGAAUUCAUUAUGAUUGGGAAAGUGACUUUAAAAGGUUUAAAAAAUAAAGUUGUUAAAAGUUGACUUUUCUAAUCCUUCUUUAUACACUGUCAAGAUGGAAAGUUCUGACCUUUAGAAGUAGAACAGAUACCUACGAGAUCAAAGGUAGAUAUUGCCUUUCUCACUCACAUGCUGUGCUGCUGAUAAACGUGAUAUAAUUUCAUUUUGUUGCUUUUAUAUGAAUAAAUAUGAUGAACAACACAAAGUGUUUUGUCAGACAUUUAUUAAAACAAUAACACUAUGAUAGCGUUUGGAAAUAAUCUUGAAUAAUUUAAAUACAUAAUCUCACGAAACCAGAUUUAAUACUGUCAUACCCUCCAAAUUAAUUGACUGGACAUUAUCAACUCACUCUGCAACUGGGUUAUGGACUUUCUGACCAACAGACCUGAGCAUGUUACGUCAGGCCACAUCUGCUCUACUACCAUCACGCUCAACCACUUGGUACACAGACAAUAAUCUGCUCCUUAACACCACCAAGACUAAGGAGCUCAUUAGGAAGAAGAGGCACACAUGAUCCCAUCCACAUUAAUGGGAUAGUCUGUCUCCUACUUCAAGUUCCAGAGGACCAGCAACUGUCCUGGACCAGCAACAUCUACAGCCUGGUCAAGAAGGCUCACCAUCUCCUGUUCUUGAGAACCCUAAAGAAGAACCAGCCGUCCCCAGCCAUCCUGGUGAACUUCUACUGCUGCACCAUCAGCUGCACCCAAAGUUCAUCAUCUCCUCAUCAAGUCUUCUCAGUGUCCUGUCUCAUUUAUACACGAAGUGGACCUUUCCAGAUGCUCAUUCGAGCUAAAGCAAUUUUCUACUUACCUUGAAAACUUGUCUUGUCUUCCAGAUUCUUGUAUGUUCCAGUCUCAGUAUUCCUCUGUGGUGUGUACUCCAGUUCUCCACGAACAGUUCCAAGUUACAGCGAUCCUGUUCGGAAAAAAACAUUCAAGUCAAGUCUCCGCUAUCUCCAGUCAAAGGAACUUUCAGAUCUCAUACUCGCCUUCUAUCCCGUCAUCUGCUUCAGUCAUUCAUGAUUCAACUUAUUAUUUCAACUUAUCUUGAGUCUAGAUCCAUUUUGUAUAAUAAUUUGAGGCAAUCAUUCAUUCAUCACUAUACAUUAUUAGACUUUUCAUGCUGCAAUAAAUUGAUUAAACAGGUGAAUACCCUCUCUGAAGGAAUACUUGUAGCAGGAAUGCAGAGAAACUUUUGAGCAAUCGUAGCAAGAUGAUUUCUGCAAUGCAUCUGCCUCUGAUUUUAAUAAUGCUCCAGUCUUUGACUUCAGGCUCAGGGGGCUUUUAUGCAUAAGUGAGUCAUCCAUAGUAUUCGGCGCAAUGACAUAAUGUGGUAUAUUUUGGGUAAAAAUGGGUUAAUACUUGUUUCUGAAUGCUAAUCUUACAAAGUUACUGCCAUGUCCCUGAGUAAGCUUCAGUAAAAAUAAAAAUUCCAUUCUAAUAUAUAUUAUAAUAUUUAACUGAUCUAGUAAAGCAUAAAAUUCUAAUAAAUUUUAUCCAUUUUUUUUUUUAUUCUAAUGUAAACUGGUAAUUUUUGAAAAUAUGGGUAAUAAGCAGGUUAAAAAUCUUUCUCUGUGAUCAUUAGGCAGUAGCAUGUUGUUUAGCAAUAGCUGAUUUUAGGAUAAAAUGUCCCUUCUGUUAGCAUCCAACGUACUAUAACAUUUAAUGUCAAAAUGACAUAAGUGUUUAAAGCAUGUAGCCUUCUUAUAUUUAAUUUAUUAUGCAUUGAAAGGAAAGAAUUGCCUAAACAGUAUGCAUGCUACAGGGCUUGUCUGAUGCAGAUAUACCUCAAUAAAAAAAGUAGAGGAGCUGAAGAAGGGACAUAAAGGAAGAAAGAAAAAUAAAUAGUUAAAAUGUAGCUUUUCUGGUUAUGUAG